GCUUAUUAUAAAUUCAAGAAUUAACCUCCAACUCCACCCACACAACUUAGGCGCUGAGGCAGAAAACAAGCCUCUAUGAAAGGAAGCAAAGUGGGAGUGUUGAGUAUGGUGGUUCUAGUACUACUACUUAUAGUGGAAUUUUCAGCUGGAUUGAGCAUUUGCAACAUGAAUGAUGAUGGUUUCACAGCAUGUAAGCCAUCAGUAACACAGCCAAAUCCAGUGGAGCCAUCUACUUCUUGCUGUGAAGCCUUGUCCAGUGCAGACUUGCAGUGCUUGUGUUCUUAUAGGAACUCACUCUUAUUGCCUUCUCUUGGGAUUGAUCCUGAACUUGCCUUGGCUCUUCCUGCUAAAUGCAAUCACACUUCUCCUCCUAGCUGUUAAGAAUACAUGGAGGUCUUUAUAAAUUUCUUCCCUAUACCUCUAGCUGUUCUUAUACUUUUAUGUUUGAUUUUGACUUUUGAGAAUUCUAGGCCCAUUCCAAGAGGAAUGUAAGUGUCUUUCAUCCUAAUCAAUGGAGAUUUUAUGUGUUAAUUAAGUUAGACCACAUAAAAAAAGAAGUUCAAGUUUGCUGACAUGAGAAAACUAGAGGCGUAUCUAAGAGGAUAUGUCGGUGGCUGUACAAUUAUAUUACUGCUCUGAUAAAUGAGUGUACAUUUAGUGUGUCUUUGGCACGGAUGUUUUCUAA